AUGCCCGCGCCGCCUUACAUCCAAUCGGAAACUCCUCGAAAAAGUGGAGCAUCUUUGGGCAGUUACACCCUCAACAACGAGGUGGUUUCUCUCUACUUCCUGGCGCUUUUACGAGCCUAUAUGGAAGCGCAGGACUGCGUCGAGCUGAGUCACUUUCCAGACGCCAAGCAAACAGAAGAGGCAAUGCGACUAGAGGUGAUGAAACGACUGGAACAGAAUGUCUUCAUCUCUUUCGGAGUUCUCUACGUCGUUAUUCAUCUCAUCUUCAUUUUCAUUCUCUGGUUUGAUGUAAGAACGUUGUUACCUACUCGGCGUCUUAAAGUGUUUAGCUUUUCAAUCGAUUUUAUUCCUACCUUCUUAGUAAAGCUAUUUAAUACCUGA